GGAGUGGCGGUAAGAUGGCGGCGGCCGCCGCUGGGCUGAGCUGGAGGCGGGUGUCUUCCUUCACGGGGCCGGUGCCGCGCUCCCGCCACGGGCACCGUGCGGUCGCCAUCCGAGAGCUGGUCAUUAUCUUCGGGGGCGGCAACGAAGGCAUCGCCGAUGAGCUGCACGUCUACAACACGGCAACAAAUCAGUGGUUCCUUCCUGCUGUAAGGGGAGAUAUUCCUCCAGGCUGUGCGGCACACGGAUUUGUUUGUGAUGGUACCAGAAUACUAGUUUUUGGAGGAAUGGUUGAAUAUGGAAGAUACAGUAAUGAUUUAUAUGAAUUACAGGCAAGUCGAUGGCUCUGGAAAAAAGUAAAACCUCAAGCUCCUUCCACUGGAUCACCACCUUGUCCUCGACUUGGCCACAGUUUUUCUUUAUAUGGUAACAAGUGCUAUUUAUUUGGUGGCCUGGCAAAUGAAAGUGAGGAUUCAAAUAAUAAUGUUCCCAGAUACUUAAAUGAUUUCUAUGAACUGGAGCUGCAACAUGGUUCUGGAGUUGUUGGCUGGAGUAUUCCUGUGACCAAAGGGACCUUGCCAUCUCCCCGGGAAUCUCACACAGCCAUCGUAUACUGCAGAAAAGAUUUGGGAAGUCCAAAGAUUUAUAUUUUUGGAGGGAUGAGUGGCUGUCGGCUUAAUGAUCUCUGGGAACUUGACAUAGAAACCAUGACUUGGUCAAGACCAGAAACUAAAGGGACAGUGCCACUUCCUCGCAGCCUCCAUACAGCCAAUGUAAUAGGAAACAAAAUGUAUGUUUUUGGUGGAUGGGUUCCACAGUCAGCAGGAGGUGAAAUUUCUGCUCAUGAUGGUGAAUGGAAAUGUACCGGUUCAUUUUCUUAUCUUAAUUUGGAUACGGCAGAAUGGAUAGGUCUGAUCUCAGAUUGCCAGGAGGACAAAAGUAACUUGUUACCAGGGCCAAGAGCAGGACACUGUGCUGUAGCAGUUGGCACUCGUCUCUAUAUCUGGAGUGGUAGAGAUGGUUACAGAAAAGCUUGGAACAAUCAAGUUUGCUGCAAAGAUCUUUGGUACCUUGAUACUGAGAAACCUCCAGCACCAUCACAAGUACAGCUGAUCAGAGCUACAACCAACUCUUUUCAAGUGAAAUGGGAUGAAGUGCCUACAGUUGAAGGAUAUCUUCUUCAGUUACAUGCUGACUCACCAUCAGUGGCUGGAGUGCCUGGGACUGGGGUUCCGGAGACAUCCGUGCUGAGUUCACAAGGUGGUUCUUCUCUACAUCAAAGUCCACAACCAUUGCCUAGUGUUCCUUAUCCAGAAAUGAAGGUGGAUCAUCCCAGCCAAACAAAUAAUGUCAUUCCUAAUAAUGUCCAAGUUUCCCUUUCAUCCAACUCAUUAUUAAAAGUAGAAGGAAAAGAAAAGGUUGCAGCACCUGAAAACAAGAUUACACAGGAGACUAUGAAAAACCAUGCAGAUGCUACAGGAUUCAAAGAACCAAAUGCCCCUUCUCUGUUGCCCGUUUGUACGUCAAGUGCUCAGAGUUCCACAAAUGUAGGUGAAUUACAUGACUUGGACAAACGAACUGUAAAUCCUGAUGCUUCUGUCUCCAGUACCCUCUCCAGCACGCAAACUAUGGUAACCCAGCAGGCUGUUAAAACUGAGUCAUCAAGUACAAAUGGGGCGGUUGUUAAAGAUGAAACUUCACUAACAACAUUCAAUUCAAAAUCUGAAGCUGCUGAAACUGCUUAUAUCAUGCCUUCGACAAGGGUCAGUGCUGGACAGACAAAUGAUUCACAUUCCUCAAAAACUCCACAAAGACAAACGGCAGCGGUGAAAACACGAGACCGGCAGUGGUACGAUGUUGGAAUUUUUAAGAACAACAAUGCUGUGGUGAGCCAGUUCUACUUGCUGCCAGAGGAAAUGCUGACCCUCUCUAACAAGAUGGAAAGUGCAGAUGUACUAGACUACAGAUUACUGAAGAAGCAGGAUCUUUUCCCAGGCACAGUGUAUAGGUUCAGAGUUGCUGCAAUUAAUGGCUGUGGUGUUGGGCCUUUCAGUAAAGUCAGUGAAUUCAAGACUUGCAUUCCGGGUUUUCCUGGAGCUCCCUCAACAGUCAAAAUCACCAAGAGUGUAGACUGUAUUCAUCUUUCUUGGGAGCCUCCUGCCUCACCCUCUGGAAAUAUUUUAGAAUAUUCUGCCUACUUAGCAAUACGUUCCACGCAAUUGCAGGAAAAUCCAAGUCAGCUUGUGUUUAUGAGAAUAUACUGUGGUCUUAAAACAUCAUGUAUAGUGACUGCUGCCCAGCUUGCUAAUGCUCAUGUAGAUUACACUUCCCGACCUGCAAUAGUGUUCAGAAUUUCUGCAAAGAAUGAGAGAGGAUACGGACCAGCCACGCAAGUUCGAUGGCUUCAAGAUCUGAAAACAUCAAGCUCAAAGUAGAAACAACAUAAUAAGUCUGGAGUUUCGAAUGUAGUGUUUAAUGUAACUCUUGUACUAUUUGUAAAUGCUACAAAUAUUUUAUUUUUGCAUUGUUUUUAUCUUUAAAAUAUAUAACCUUUUUUAUGUUUGAAACGUGAGCGUUACACAGCCUUGCUCAGGUUUGAGUACCAUAUAGAAACUACAUGGAAGAUCGUGGGGUGGAGGACCCCAUGCUAUCCAAUAUAUCUUUUUGGUAGUGAUAGUUAAAAUGUUAAAAGUACACAGUUUUAGAUUAAAAAUAAAUUAAUAAAUAAUUGGCACAGGCAGUGGUAUUUGAGGUAGAGCCCCCAUGAUUGCUAUAGAUCUUCCAUAGAUAAUUAAUGAGAUUUGGUAUAUGAGCAAAUUCUGUUUGGUUUCGGUUCCUUUUUCCACAUUCUUCAUCGUGGUGCCUGAGUACAAGGCAAAAAUUUCCAGUUAUUAUAUAGUAACUUAAAAUGUAUAAAUAUUUUAAUAUAUAAUUUUUUGUAAAGAAAUGAUUUUUCUACUAUUUGUAACAAAUAUCUAAAUCUUGAAAGAUAUCCCCUGAAGAUUUAAAAGGAAAAAGAUACUUAGCCAUUGCUCUUAUUACAAAAAAAAGAACAUAAAUUCAUUGUAAAUGCACUACUAAGAUUUAGAAUUAUCCUUUUGUAGUUGUACAAAUCGUAAACUUGUAAAUACCAAUGUUUACAAGAGACCUUUCUGGUCUUUUAUUAAAACUUCCAUGAGACUCAUUCUCUUUUUUUUUUUUUUUUUUUUUUAAGUCCAUAUGCUUUGCUUUUAGCAUAUGCUUGCUUUUUGCACUAAUAAUAACUUACCUCAUUCCUGUGUUUCUAAUCACUUGUGUUGCUUCCAUAAUAUUUCUGUAAAACUUCAAUCUGAAAAUUUUAACCAAAGUUUAGGAUACAUGGUAAGCAAUUUUGCACAUAUUAUAUGGCAACUUCCAACAUAUUUAUUCCAGUUAAUCUUCUUAAGUGCUUGUUUGCUUUACCAGUAUAUUCUACCAAUCAAGUUCAGUAUCUCCCUUUUACUAUGCAUCGUUUUACAUUAACUAGCUAGCUGAUAAAUUCAAGAAGCAUUACUUCUAGGAAUAGGUUGAUCCAUUCCUAUGCUAAAAGAAAAAAAAAUUGUUCACAGUAGUGAAAUAAAGGUAAACAUUUUUAAAUGCUAUUUAUGUAUCUAUAUAUAAACCUAUGUUUACCAAAGUGUAGAGGAAAAUGGCUGAGUUGGACAAGGUCACUAGAUAAAUAGAUUGAGGCACCUAAGUAAGAUUUAUUUUAAAAUGAAAUCUAAAUUAUUUACUGUGCAAUGAAGUUUAUACUUUGCACUUUAAUUUUGCCCUGAAUGCCAAAAGAUUAUACAUCAAGGUAGAAUUUCUUGCCUCUGCCAGUUAAAUUUGUCUUAAGAGUGUUUGUAAAUAUAUAAACUAAAAGAAAUUAUGUGCCUGGUUCAGUGGGAGAAGUAUCACUAAAAUAUUACAGGUUUAAUGGCUCAAGUAUCCCAGAGCAGAUUUAAUGGCCAAGUUUUAGCUACCCUGAAAAUCAGGGUUGUAAUGGAAGUGCUGAUACAGCCUUAAUUAUCACAACACAUCACAUGCUAUAAUAGCAUAUAAAAAGUGCUGGGGACCAUAAAUUGCUACAGUAGUGUUAAUUGUGGCAUAGGAGCAAUACACAUGGUUUUACUCCAGAGAAAAAUCAUGUGUUUAUGACAAUGACAGAUAUCCCAGGUUCACUUUAAAGCAGUGUUUAUAGUAUGAAUGUAUAGGACUUUCUUGAAGUUAACUGGCUUUAAAAUACUUGUGUUUUAAUGGUCCAUUUCAUCAGGUAUGACCUCACUACCAAUACUGUCUGAUAACUAAAAUACCAUACACAUGAGCUGUUAACUAGAAGAACAGAACUUGGUUUUUCUUAUUAGUACUGUGAAAGAAGCCUUUAGAGAAAACACUUGUGGCUUUGAUUUUGUUGGUUGAUAGCUGUGAUUGUAGAGUUGUUAUUUAAGAAUAAAAUCUGUUGGGUAUGUCCGGGUGGAGUUUUUUUGCACUUAGUUUCACAUGCUUUGCACAAUUUCUUUUCCAGUGGGUAUGUCACAACUACCAAAGGGUAAAACUGUGGCGUUUUCAAUGAAAGUAGAAUUUCUUCCUGAGUGUGCUUUCUUCAGCUGACUUGACAUAAGAUAUCACUUUCUCUUCCUUGUCCAAGUUGGAUGAUGUUGAAUAGCGAUCAUACGCAGAUCUUCCUCAGUUUUACUUUAAAAUGAAAUUGUGGUACAUGCUGUAAAAUACACUUUGUGGUCUGUUUUUAGAGCUGUAUUUAUAAAUGUCUGGAUCCCACCUGUUUUCCUAUCAGUUAGAUACCAGACCAAUAGCGAUCGUUGGAUUAUCAAUUCGUUUGGAAGUCUGUUGACAUCAGCACUUUGAGAAUCUGUGUUACCCAUUUAUUUUGCUAUAGGACAUGUACCAGAAGCUGAAGUCCAUGGGAUGACAGCAUCCAUGUUGUAGAAAUGUCUAGGUUUACUAAAUUCCUUAGGGAAAUUGUGACUGUGUAAGUGUAGGACGGUCGUGCCAGUUACGGCAGAGACCGCUACAGCUUCACCUUGAGAAUGUUCUUGUGAAAAUGGAAAUGAAGUGAACAAUAACUUACACUUUGUGUUUUCAAAGUAAUUAUAGCAAUAUCUUUUGAAUGUAGUUUAAAGUAGAGCACAUGAUCAUGCCAUAAACUCUGAAGAUAUAAUAAGUAUUACUGUUAUUAUCUGAUAUUUCAGGAUAGCGGAUUUGACGUGAACUUAGUCUUACGGCCUGUUACUUAACGACCUCUACAAGGAAACUGACAUUUUGUACAAUUCAAGUUGAUCAGUCUUACUUCAAAGCAUUGUUUGUUCUUUGUAAUAAAGUGGUUGUCCUAUCGAACGCAUU